AUGCUGAACAUAUCUAGCCAACACAUUUUACUAAAUUAUGAUGACCCUAUAAUUCCACCUGAAGAUACACUAUCUGAGGCAAUGUAUAACAACGUAAAGUUGAACCAUUUUUUUAGUGGCGUACCAUCAAAACAGCAAGAUCAACAUCAUUCAUCCCAGGAAUCAAAUCAGUUAACAACUACAACCAAAAAUUCAACACCAGGACCAACUCAUUCAGAUUGGAAAUUAUUAAAAACUUUAGCUGGUGCUCAUAAAGGAUGGAUACGAUGUAUUGCCAUGGAUGAAAUCACAAACAAAUGGUAUGUGACAGGUCUGGCUGAUUCCACUAUAAAAAUUUGGGAUUUCGAGAAUAAUUCACUUAAAGCCAUAUUAACAGGUCAUAUAUUGGGUGUUCGUUCCUUAUGCGUUUCAAAAAGAUUCCCAUAUUUGUUUUCAGGAGGUGAGGAUAAAUCAUUAAGAUGUUGGGAUUUGGAACGCACCAAUUCACCAGCUGGAUGUCAAAUCAGAUCUUACCAUGGUCAUUUAGGUGGUGUGUAUUCAACAGCGUUACAUCCCGAAUUGGAUCUUUUGUUCAGUGGUGGUAAAGAUUGUGUCGUUAGAGUAUGGGAUAUUAGAAGCAGAGCCGAAGCAAUGACUUUGUUGGGUCAUCAAAAUGAUAUAACGUCAAUUCAAACUGACUAUAAUGAUCCUCAAGUAAUUACUAGUUCAAUGGAUGGAACAAUAAGACUUUGGGAUUUAAGAAACCAAAAAACCGAAUUGUUAAUAACCAACCAUUCUAAGAGUAUAAGAAGCAUGAAAUCACAUCCUAAGGAGUCAACUUUUAUAUCGGGAGAUGGUAAUGGAGAAAUCAAACAAUGGCUUUUACCUCAGGGAGAUUUGUUGAAUGAAUUCCAAUCCAAUGUUAGUGACAUGAAUCAACGCGAUAAUAGUAAAAUAAUCAAUACACUAUCGAUAAAUCCCGUGACUAAUACUUUAUUUUCAGGAUAUGAUGAUGGCAGGCUAGAAUUUUAUGACUACAUAAACGGCAGCUUACAGCAAUCAGGAUAUUCGCCGUCGUUAUCAGGUUCAGAAAACGAAGCAGCUAUAUAUGCAUCGACAUUUGACAUGUCUGGGUUAAGACUAUUAACUUGCCAUGGAGACAAAAGUAUCAGAAUUUGGGGGUAG